CCGCUUCGCCGCCAUGCCAGUUUUCCAGCUGGAGCUUGUCUUCGGUAGUUAGGACACGUUGUAGCCUGGUUUGCUCUGAGUCUCAGCCCGUCCAACUGUUUCUCCGUCCCUGUCCCCGACGACUACGCGGUGAGUGCCGCCGACAUGGAGAUCUCCCAUGUUUACGCGAAGCUCCGCAGAGAGUUUGGGCGCCAGUGUCUGUUCUCUGACCGGCCUGAGGAGGUGAUGGUGGACAUCCAUCCGGUGCCGAGCCUGGCCUCCGAGUUCAUCCUGAAGACCCCCAAAGAUCAGGCCGUACAGGCCUGCAGGGACAUGUCCGAGCACCAGGCAAACACUGAGCGCUUUGAGUCCAGCAGUUGUGGCAUAAACCAUGUGGAGGGUGGAUGGCCGAAAGACAUCAACCCGAAAGACUUGGAACAAACCAUCCGCUUCAGGAAGAAGGUGGAAAAAGAAGAAAACUACAUCAACAGCCUCCAAUACCUGGGCAUCGUCAUGGAGCACUGCAUCAGGCAAAACAACACUAUAGACAUUUACAAGCAGUACCUUGAGGAAGAUGAGGAGGUGGAGGAAAGUCCAGAGUUACCGUCUGCGAAGACCAUCAACAUUCUCAGAGAUCCCAACGAAGUGAAACGUACCAUCACUGGCCUGUCGUGGCACCCUGAUGGCGGCAGGAAGCUGGCCGCGGCUUACUGCAGCCUUGAGUUCCAAAAGACACCCAAAGACAUGAGCUUGGACUCCUACAUCUGGGACAUCGAGAACCCAAACUGCCCUGAGAUGACCCUGAAACCAGAAUCCCCGCUUGUCUGUCUGGACUACAACCCGAAGGACCCCCACACUCUUGUUGGGGGCAGCUACAAUGGGCAGAUUGCUUACUGGGACACUCGGAAAGGCAGCCAGCCUGUGGAGUAUUCUUCUAUGGAGCACAGUCACAGGGACCCCGUUUACAAGAUCAUCUGGUUGCAAUCUAAGACCGGGACAGACGCCUUCUCUGCCUCCACCGACGGACAGGUUCUGUGGUGGGAUGUUCGAAAGCUGAGCGAGCCAACAGAGCGCCUGGUUCUGGACCCGGGCCGGGAGGGGAAUCUGGACAAAGCUCUGGGGGCCAUCUCUCUGGAGUUUGAGCCCACCAUGCCGACUAAGUUCAUGGUGGGCACCGAGCAGGGCCUGGUGGUCUCCUGCAACAGGAAGGCAAAGACUCCCGCUGAGAAGAUUGUCUGCACAUACGACGGCCACCACGGACCCAUCUACGCCCUGCAGAGGAAUCCUUUCUUCCCCAAGAACUUCCUCACUGUUGGGGACUGGACGGCCCGCAUCUGGUCAGAGGACAUCAAAGAGUCGUCCAUCAUGUGGACCAAGUACCAGAAGUCUUACUUAAUGGACGCCUGCUGGAGUCCAGUGAGACCUUCUGUCUUCUUUACUGUGAAGACGGAGGGCGUGCUGGACAUCUGGGACAUCCUGUUCAAACAGAGUGACCCCACCCUGAGCGUCAAGGUGAGCGACAAAGCUCUGCACAGCCUCCGCGUUCAGGAAAACGGCCGGCUGGUGGCCUGCGGCUCCCACAGCGGCAACGCCACGCUGCUGGAGAUCUGCUCUGGACUGUCGACCCUGCAGAAGAACGAGAAGAGUCUGGUGGCGGCUAUGUUUGAGAGGGAGACGAAGCGAGAGAAGAUACUGGAGGCCCGUCAGAGAGAGAUCCGUCUGAAGGAGAGAAGUCGCUCCGAACAGAGCAGAGAGGACGAGGCGGGGCGGGAGGACGGGGAGGACAAUCCCGAUCAGCUCAUCGCCAGAGCUGAGAGCGACUUCUACACCUUGGUGGAAGCAGAGAUGAGGAGGAGGGAGAGGAGAGAGGAAACACCACAGGAGAAUGAUGACGGUGAUGAGAGAGAAGUGAAGAAUGGAGUGGAAAAUGGUGAAACUGGUAACACUGAUUCUUCACGAUGAAUAAAAACAUAUCGGUCCUUCCUCAAACUCUUCACCUCUGUUCCAAUUAAAUUUUUUUUUGUAUUAACUUUGUAUUUGGCACCCUAGUGUGCACAGUCUGCCUUUUGUUAGUUACAUUUGCACCAUUAAACUGAAUAAAGUUUAUCUGUUUGUCUGA